UUACCUUUGAUAACCCUUUGUCAUUUUCCACAUGUUGUUGCUCCUUCUUCUCCUUCCUCACCACGUGUAUUAACCCAAGGCUCAUCACUCUUGGUUGAAAAGAAACAUCAUUUGAUUUCAUCAAAUGGCCUUUUCACAGCAGGAUUUUAUGAGAUUGGCCAAAAUGCUUAUUGCUUUGCAAUAUGGUUUUCUCAACCCAUGCUGAAUGGAAACCACACAUUGGUUUGGAUGGCAAACCGAAAUGAACCUGUCAACGGAAAACGCUCCAGGAUUUCCUUGUCGAAGAGAGGAAAUCUUAUUCUUAGAGACGUUGGCCAAAGAAUUUGGGCAACCAACACUCAAUCUAACUCACCUUUGCAACUGCAACUCCUUGACUCGGGUAACCUUGUUCUUACCGAGUUUGAAAAUAAAUCAUAUCUUUGGCAGAGUUUUAGUUUUCCAACCGACACUAUCCUUCCCAAUCAGCCUUUCACUAAAGACACCGUCCUCAUAUCUUCCAGAAGUUCGACAAAUUUGUCUUCUGGCUUCUACAAACUCUAUUUUGACAAUGACAAUGUAAUCAGCCUUCUUUACAGUAGCAACGAAGUUACCAGCGUUUAUUGGCCUGAACCUUAUUUACUAACAUGGGAAGCAGGAAGGUCUACGUACAACAAUAGUAGAUUUGCUUUGCUUGAUUCCAAAGGGCGUUUCCAAUCCUCGGACAAUCUUACUUUUAUUACCACCGACUAUGGUGAUGCCCUUCAAAGAAGACUCACACUUGAUGUUGAUGGUAAUAUUAGAGUUUACUCACUUAACAAAAGAAGUUGGCGUGUUUCUUGGCAAGCAAUUUUAACACCAUGUACAAUUCAUGGGAUUUGUGGUCCAAAUAGCCUUUGUACAUACAGCUUUGAAUCAGGAAGGAGUUGCACUUGCCCGCAAGGAUACAAGAGCAAGAACCACUCAGAUUUGUCUUUUGGGUGUGAAUCUACAUUUGAUCUUUCUGGGCAUCAUAAAAAGUUUGAAUUCAUAAAGCUCCCUCAUGUAGAAUUUUAUGGAUUUGAUUCCAUUUAUAUACCAAGUUCCAGUCUCAAAGAAUGCAAGAACGCCUGCUUGAAUGACUCCAACUGUAAAGCCUUUCAAUAUAACUUUGAUAAAGAUAAAGGGACGGGAUCCUUUAGAUGUUAUAUCAAGACUUUGUUGUUCAAUGGCUACUACAGGGGCACUCAUCACGUCACUUAUCUUAAGCUACCUAAAAAUGAUGUAUUAUCAUAUAAUCAACAUGUUGCUAACAACGUUUUGGAUUGCUCAAGUUCUAUGAUUCAGCUCAAACGAACAUACGAGAAAAAGAGUGCAAACGGGUCCCUCAAGUUCAUGUUGUGGUUCAGCAUCAUCCUUGGUGUGAUUGAAGUUACAUCCUUUGUAUUCUUCUAUUAUAUCACCAAACAACCAUCAGGCACAACCCAAACCUACCUUGCAAUUGCUACCGGAUUCAAACGGUUUACAUAUGCCGAGAUAGUGAAGGCAUCUAAUAAAUUCAGGGAAGAGAUCGGAAGAGGCGGUGGGGGUAUUGUGUACAAAGGCAUACUUCCAGACAACCGAGUGGUAGCUAUUAAGCAACUCCAUGAGGCUAUCCAAGGAGAAGCCGAAUUUCUAGCAGAGAUGAGCACAAUCGGAUGGAUAAAUCACAAGAACUUGAUAGAAACAUAUGGUUAUUGUAUUGAGGGAAAACAUCGGAUCUUGGUCUAUGAGUACAUGGAGAAUGGCUCAUUAGCCAAGAACAUAGGUGGUAACCAGCUUGAUUGGCAAAAUAUAUUUGAAAUUGCAUUUGGCGUUGCGAAAGGGCUAGCUUAUCUACAUGAAGAAUGCUUGGAGUGGGUUUUGCACUGUGAUGUUAAACCACAAAAUAUAUUGUUGGAUGCUAGUUAUAACCCAAAGGUUGCUGACUUUGGUCUGUCCAAGCUAUUCCAACAAGGCGUAAAAGAAAAUUCUCUCUUUUCAAGGAUAAGGGGGACCCGAGGGUAUAUGGCUCCAGAAUGGGUGUUUAAUCUUCCAAUUACUUCAAAGGUUGAUGUUUAUAGCUACGGGAUGGUGGUUCUAGAGAUGAUAACAGGAAGAAGUCCCACAUAUGAUCAACCAAGUGAUGAUAACGAAAUGUUGGAACAAAAGAGGCUCGUAAGUUGGUUAAACGAGAAGGUCCAUCGGGCUAGCGAAUGUUUGACAGAGACACAAAUUACAGAGUUGCUAAAUCCUAUGAUAACGGGUGAGUAUGAAAUAGGUCAGCUGAAUAAUCUUCUAAAAGUGGCUCUAGAAUGUGUUGAGGAUGAUAAAGACGCUCGACCAACCAUGAGUGAGGUUGUGAAGAGGCUUCUCCACCUUGAGAUGGAAGUUUAGUCACAACCGCACUUUUCUCAUGUGGUUAAAAUUAUUAAAACCAGUUAUGAGUUGGACACUAUGCUUCAUGUUAUUUCGGUAUGUUUUUAGUAUUGACUAGGUUGUGAUUCCAU